CGUGGGUCUCGCUCAGGCUCGGUUUUACCCCGGAGCCUAUUCGAAGGGGGAUGCUACGUCAGCGCGUCUCGGCGUGAGACGGCGCUAUUCCUGGGGUGCUGUUAGAGCUUCCGGCGGAUCCUGGAUGUUGAUGUCCUGCAUCUAACGCGGUGUAGCGUCCGAAGCCGAGCGAGCUCCGGAGGUGUCCGGAGGAAUUUCAGUAUUUGCUACGGUAACCUCAUCAGCCCGCCAAGAUGGCGAUGCAAGCGGCCAAGAGGGCGAACAUUCGACUUCCACCUGAAGUAAAUCGAAUAUUGUAUAUAAGAAAUUUGCCAUACAAAAUCACAGCUGAAGAAAUGUAUGAUAUAUUUGGGAAAUAUGGACCUAUUCGUCAGAUCAGAGUGGGGAACACACCUGAAACUAGAGGAACAGCUUAUGUGGUCUAUGAGGACAUCUUUGAUGCCAAGAAUGCAUGUGAUCACCUAUCAGGAUUCAAUGUUUGUAACAGAUACCUUGUGGUUUUGUACUAUAAUGCCAACAGGGCAUUUCAGAAGAUGGACACAAAGAAGAAGGAGGAACAGUUGAAGCUUCUCAAGGAGAAGUAUGGCAUCAACACAGAUCCACCAAAAUAAAUGUUUUCUACAUUUUCAUUUUGGACUGAAACCAUGAAUGACAACUACCAUCUUUUCCCUUUUUUUCCUUUUUAAUUAAUACUAAAUAUUGUGAUUUCUUAUUUUAGGUUCAAAAUGACCUUGAAACUUUGAUACAUAUCAGAAUACAUGAUAUUAAUAAACCUGUUGCUUUUUGUGAAA